CGUUACUAUAGGCGGGUGGGUGGGCCCGGCCCGCUGGCCGCCCGACGCCAGUCGCGCGUCGGACGCCGCGGGCCGCGCUAGUGCGUCAUGCGUGUCAGUGCAGUGUAGUGGGGCGGCGGCCCAAACGUUCGAUUAAAGAAAAACACAAAAAUUGAUCCCCAGAUGGGAGUUUACGAGGAGAGGGGGGCGAUGCACUGGCAACAGAGUGAGAGGUACCUAUCUUCGGCAUACGAGGGGGGAGGCGAGCUGUCCCCCGCGGCGCCGGCGGCGUCGCCGGGCUCCCCGCGCGAUUGCACGUCGUGCCGCAAGCGCGAGCCCCCGGACGAGCCCCCGGUGCCCCCGGCCGAGGAGCCCUGCGCCGGCUGCGGCGCCCGCAUCACCGACCGCUUCUACCUCCUGGCGCUGGAGCGGCGUUGGCACACCCCCUGCCUGCGGUGCUGCGAGUGCAAAAUGCCGCUGGACUCGGAGCAGAGGUGCUAUGCGCGGGACAGCAGCAUCUUCUGCAAGAACGAUUACUUCAGGCUAUACGGUUCAAAACGGUGCGCCCGAUGCAACACGACCAUCUCGGCUUCGGAGAUGGUGAUGCGCGCGCGAGAUCUGGUGUUCCACGUGCACUGCUUCUCUUGCACGCUCUGCAAUGCUCCCCUGACCAAGGGCGACACCUUCGGCAUCAGGGAUUCAGCAGUAUACUGCAGGCUGCAUUACGACACCAUGCCGGAGUACGGGCCCCACAUGGCCGUGCCGGGGCCGCCCCAGAUGUGCCCCGGCCCGUACGCGGGGCCCCCGCCCGGGCCCCACUACCCCCCCUACCCCUCGCCGGAGUUCUCCCGGGUGGAGGCGGAUGUCCCCAAAGGCCCCUUCUUCAACGGGGCCGCGGCGCCCCCUCCUCGGCAGAAAGGCCGGCCCAGGAAAAAGAAGCCCAAAGACCAAGAAAUUAUGACAGCGAAUCUUGAUCUGAACUCGGAGUAUAUGGAGAUGGGGUUCCGCGGUGCUGGAGGGAUGGGCACCACAUCACGGACGAAGAGGAUGCGGACUAGCUUCAAGCACCACCAGCUGCGCACCAUGAAGUCCUACUUCGCCAUCAACCACAACCCUGACGCGAAGGAUCUGAAGCAGCUGAGCCAGAAGACUGGACUGCCGAAGCGCGUUCUGCAGGUGUGGUUCCAGAACGCGCGGGCGAAGUGGCGGCGCAUGGUGACGAAGCAGGAGAACAAGAUGGCGGAGAAGUGUUCUCCGGACGCGUCGCUGGAGCUGGACAUGUACCACGGGCCCAUGGGCUCCAUCCAGUCGCUGCCGCCGCAUAGCCCGCCCUACAGCGUCAUGGGCGGCCCGCCCAGCCCCAGCUCGAUGGACUGCGCAUAGCCCCAGUUCUGCGCCUUAUGAGCGCCCCGACUGGCUCACCAGUACGCGACUAGUGGAGGGUUCAUGUAGUGUCGGCUAGGAGGAGUGAGUGGCGACGGACUCGUAACUGGGACUGAGGUACUCUGCAGUACGCAGUGAGUUCAGUGAUGGAUCCACGGUUGUGUAGGUUCAGAGCUCGGCACGUGCACGAGCGUGCUCUGUUGAAUUAGAUCUGUUUGUUGAAUCUCAAAGGUUGUAAAUUUCAUCAUUUAAUGUAGUCCGAGUUAGUGCCGGAUUUUUAAUCUCUACAUCGUCUCCCCGGAUGGAGCUGUGCCGGCACUCGCCUCGCAUCUCCUUGGAACGCGAGCUUCAUCCGAGGACCGGUUAUUAAAUUGGUAAAUUACAGUAGAGGCGUAUUAUAACUACAAUAAUUAUAAUAAUAUACGUCUAAGGUUUCACAAAGACCGAAUAUAUCGAAUAUCACUUUGUAUAUGUUGGUUCUACAAACCGAAACUAUGAAGAAAGUUUUUUUUAUUAAUAUAUUGAAUACUAUUUAUUUAUUGAACAUUAAUAUUUAAUUUGAAUUUAAGUAUAAUUAUAAGGAAUUUUAGGUAGAUGUGAAAAUUUUCCAUAGAUUAAUGAUUAGGUUGUAAUGUAGAAUAGAGAAAAGCGUAAAAAUUGGCCGGUCAAAAACUGAAUGAAACAUUUUUAAUGAAUUUUGGAAAUGUGUCUAAUAAUGGUCUUUUAUGUAGUUGUAAGCAUUAUCUAAGUAUAAUUAUUACUCCGGCUAAAUAAACGCACCGUUAGUUCCUUUUUUUUGUAUAGAUUUAAAGUACUUUAUGAAUAAUCUGAAAUAAUGUUAAUGUAGCAGACUCAAACGAAUAAUGUAACCGUUUCAAUGUAUGCAAUCAAUAUGUAAACCUAU